UUCCGUUUAAGUUUCGGUUUGUUUUUAAACGAAAUUUUCGUUCCGUUGAUAUACCUAUCAACUGUUUGUAUUUUUUUUUCUCAAUUGGUCUUUAUAUAUAUCUGAUGUGUUUAUAGUGAUCGUAUACUGUAGUAUAUAUCUCAUCCGCAUCGAAUAAAAAACGUACUUUCGGUUUGAAAAAUAUCAAUUGGGGAUUUCCAUUUGACAAGAAGAAAAUGUAGUCUUUAUAUGAAAAUUAGAAGACUGGUCAAUAGCAGAUUACAGGCAUGAAUUGAAGAUAUUAUUUAAAAGACAAUUUCUGGACUUUUUUGCCACGGAGCUCUGGUCUAAGAACUGUAAAAAUAUUUAUUCAGUGUAUAAUCAUAUAUCAGAAUCAAGAUCGAAUUUGACAUCCCAAGUGACACUUCGUCAGUAUACAUUAGUAUCCAAAAAUGGCGGAAAACGACGGACAAGAAAAUAAUGGACACGAGAAUAGUGAAAACGGUGAAAAUUCAAACCAACAACAACAACAAAAUAGCACAACAGGACUGCCUAGUAUGCCGAUCCCGGCCACCGGGCCGUCCGCCGAGGUCCAAGCCGAAUAUAGCACGGAGUACGCCAGGCGGGGCCUGCAGAGGUACCCCGGACCCGUGGACGCCGACAACGUGGACCACCUGAUUCUCUCCGGGGACCACGUGUUAGAUGAUAUUCUAGGUCAGGGUGAAAUUGCGACCGAAUUCGCCAAACUCCUUGAAGAAGGGGAAGGAGAUCAAAGACAAAAAGUUAAAGCUUUCUUGGAAUCGCAGGGCAUCGACCCCUCUGCAGUGGACGCCCCUAGGAACACCAAUCAGCAAGGAGGGGGAAACCCGUUUGAGACGGGGGGACCAAUGUCGGGUAUGUACGGUCCGGGGAGAGGAGGGAUGAUCUCGCCAUUCGGCAAUGGCUUCGACACGCAGCGGAUGUCAAGGGGAGGUGGCUACAUCCCGUACUCGGCUAGGAGACAGGCCGGCCCGAAUAUGAGGAAUCCAUUGGCCCCAAACUUCGGGGCGGACCCCAGCACAGUGCCCCCGGUGUCACAAGUUAACGGCAGCCCGGGUGUGGUCACCGAUGGGCAGGGUCCUCAAGUUACUCGCCCGUCCCCGUCAAAUGCCCUGGUGCGAUUACCGGCUAAUAAUGCCACAGGUCCAGGCGGAGGGCUUGGACCCACCUCAUCGUUACUACCAAGAAACCCAGCAGGGCAAACAAGUAUCCGUGGCCCUAUGAACAAUAUGGGGAUGGGUGGUGGUGGAUUUGGUGGUGGAUUUGGUGGUGGUGGUGGACUGGGUGUCAAUGGUGGGGGUAGAGGAACGAUGGGUUCCAUGAUGCCAUAUCAACAGCCAUCAGCAGGCAGAGGGGGCAGUGGCGAAUUGAACCAGUUAAUUGAAAACGAAAAACGGAGAGCCACAGAAUGUUCAGAUUCAAUGGGGCAAGGCCUCAACACUUUCAUUCUUCUUGACAAUUCUACCAACAUGGCUGGAGAAGGACUCGAACAGGCGAAAGAGUUCAUUGAAAACUUCUUGCAAGGAUUGGAGGAAAAUUCAAUGGACUAUGGACUGGAAGAAAACGUGUCUCUGAUUACUUUCGGCGGGGAUCAGGCGAGUGUCGAACAGCACCUCACAAACGAGUUUCAGUGUUUGAGGUCAAAACUAGCAUCGAUUCAGUGUUAUGGACCCGACCAUCUCAGUCAUGCGUUAAUACUGGUGACGGGAGGGCUAGAAAGAGGUUUUGAGAUGAUCAUCGGUAAUCACUCCAUUGUACCAAGGAUUCUGCUAUUGACCGAUGGCGUGUUUGCAACCGCUGGAUUACAAGGCAUGACGGGAAUGAUGGCAGGGGGUGGAAGGGGUCAGGAUUUCACGGAGACCGCCCAGUUGUUGCAGAACAUCCUUCAGUCAAAUCACAUGAAAUUAUUCUUCAUACCAGUUGGAAAUGCAAAUAUGGAAUUUAAAGCCAUAAUGCAGAACUUUCCGUCAACCAAAAUCGUAGAAGCUUCCGAUUUGAAAAUAGUGACAAGGAAUCAUUUACAUCACCGCAUCGCAGGGGAAGUCACGGAAUUGGGUGGUGGUGGAAACGUAUCUCGAGAUGUGGUUAGAGAGGUGGCCGCUCAGAGCUUUACGGAUCUUGAGGACAGAGAUUUUAACGUUGUUUUAGAACUGUUACACGAAGAUCAGCAAUAUGAAACCCAGCGUCGAGAGAGGCGUCACCAGGGAGGAGGGGGGCCUGGGGCCGGCGGCUUAGGGGGAAUGUCAGAGUUUGGAGGUGGUAUGGGAGGAGGAGGAAUGGAAGAAUAUGGGGGAGGUGGUAUGGGAGGAUUAGGUAGAGGGGGAAUGGGAGGUUUAGGAAGAGGGGGAUUGGGAGGUUUAGGGGGAAGUGGUAUGGGAGGUUUAGGGGUCGGUGGAAUGGGAAGGGGUAUUGGAGGACUAGGAAGUGGUAUGGGAGGAGGAGGAAUGGAAGGAUAUGGGGGAGGUGGUAUGGGAGGAUUAGGUAGAGGGGGAAUGGGAGGUUUAGGGGGAAGUGGUAUGGGAGUAUUAGGGGGUGGUGGAAUGGGAAGGGGUGUGGGAGGACUAGGAGGUGGUAUGUCAGGAUUAGGAGGUGGUAUGGGAGGUGGUGGUAUGGGUUUUGGAGGUGGUGGUAUGGGUAUGGGAGGUGGUGGUAUGGGUUUGGGAGGUGGUGGUAUGGGUUUAGGAGGAGGUGGUAUGGGUUUAGGGGGAGGUGGUAUGGGUUUAGGGGGAGGUGGUAUGGGUGGUUUAGGGCGAGGAGGAAUUGGAGGCUUAGGGGGAGGUGGUAUGGGCAAUUUAGGCGGAGGGGAAAUGGGAAGGUUAGGUGGUAUGUCAGGAUUAGGGGGAGGGGGUAUUGGAGGAUUAGGGGGAAGGGGUAUGAUGGGAUUAGGAGGUGGGAAUGUGGGAGGUUUAGGGGGAGGGGGAAUGGGAAUGGGCAGCGGUAGGGGGCUCAAUAACAAUUCAAACUUUCAAUCCCCUGGUCCUCGUCAAAGAUUUCCCUAAAACUUUUAUCAAUGACAUUGAAGUGUUUUCAUUUCUUGAAAGAAUGUUCCCCUAUUUAAUGUUACUGCUGACAAUUCAAACACAGAGUUCAUUCAUAAAUCAUUUGUUUGAUACAUCCAGUGUACGUUAAACUAGAAAUGAAUAUAGACAUGUGUACAUACUGAAUACCAGUUGUUUUCUAUAGACCUAUACAAGUAUGUAAAAAUUGUAAUUUAAUAAUGUAAUAUUUAUAUCUCGCAUGUCAUCGCUCUAGGAAAACAAGAUAUUAUUGUAGAAAAACAUUGUAGAAAAUUGAAAGAUUUGAUGUGUCUAUUUUCAGAGUCAAAGGGAUAAGGGGAGGGAGGGAUAUGCAAUAUUUCAUGUAGAGGCAUUUUCAACAUGCGUUGCAUGUGAUUUACUGUUAUAUAUAGGCAUGUACAAUGUAUAUACACAUAUACAUAUGAGAAAUGCCAAAACGGUGUGACUUUGAACAACAAAUUUAAAUGUGCAAGUUAUUGUCUUAUUAUAAAUAUUGUGUUAUUUUCUAGCAGGAAGUUUCUUGUCUCUGAUGAAAUAUAUUUAUUGUGUUAUUGUGUUUUUUGUAGUACAUGUAUAUUAUUGUUGUUUUAAUGUUACACCAUUUCAUGUAAAUAUAAUGCUGUGUUGUACAUCAUUUCACUUCAGUGAGAAAUAAAAAAGAAAUCAAUGAUAAAAUGUUAGUAAUACCAAAGCCGUGUGCUCUAGCGUUUCUCUUAAUAUCAGUAUAUUUGCGCAAAGGAAAAGCUUUAAUUUGAAAAAAAAUGCGUUGCAAACCAUAGCCAGAUGCAAAUACGUGUGAGUGUAGGUAUAUUGGAGAGGUGUCUUUUCCUUGUAUUUUAAAGAUAAAAUACAUUUGGAAGCCGAUGCGGAUACCCAAACCAUUCUUUUUUG